CCGAGGAGACCACGGCGCCUGGAGCCCCGGCCGUCUUCUCCUGGAGGCUCUGUUGAGAACCAUGCUGGGGAGACAGCUCGUCUGUUGGCACCUGCUGGCUUUGUUUUGCCUCCCAUUUUGCCUGUGUCAAGAUGAAUACAUGGAGGUGAGCGGAAGAGCUAAAAAUGUGGUGGCCAGAAUAGUGCAAAGCCACCACCAGACUGGCCGUAGCGUCUCCAGGAGGGAAAAAGUGAGAGAGCGGAGCCAUCCUAAAAGUGGGACUGUGGAUAAUAACACUUCUACAGACCUAAAAUCCCUGAGACCAGAUGAGCUACCGCACCCCGAGGUAGAUGACCUAGCCCAGAUCACCCCAUUCUGGGGCCAGUCUCCACAAGCCGGGGGAAUACCUCCAGACUGUAGCAAGUGUUGCCAUGGAGACUACAGCUUCAGAGGCUACCAGGGUCCCCCUGGACCUCCCGGACCCCCUGGCAUUCCAGGAAACCACGGAAACAACGGGAAUAAUGGAGCCACUGGCCAUGAGGGGGCCAAAGGGGAAAAAGGAGACAAAGGUGACCUGGGCCCACGAGGGGAACGGGGGCAGCAUGGCCCCAAAGGAGAGAAGGGGUACCCAGGGGUACCACCAGAACUGCAGAUCGCAUUCAUGGCUUCGCUGGCAACUCACUUUAGCAACCAGAACAGUGGGAUUAUUUUCAGCAGCGUUGAGACCAACAUUGGGAAUUUCUUUGAUGUUAUGACUGGUAGAUUUGGGGCUCCAGUAUCAGGUGUGUAUUUCUUCACCUUCAGCAUGAUGAAACAUGAGGAUGUUGAGGAAGUAUAUGUGUAUCUAAUGCACAAUGGCAACACUGUCUUCAGCAUGUACAGCUAUGAAACAAAGGGUAAAUCAGAUACAUCCAGCAACCAUGCAGUACUGAAGCUGGCCAAAGGGGACGAGGUGUGGCUAAGAAUGGGCAAUGGCGCUCUUCAUGGGGACCACCAGCGCUUCUCCACCUUUGCUGGCUUCCUGCUCUUUGAAACCAAGUGAAUUAGGAAAUAAGCCAAGUCCACUUUAGGGAAAACUUACAGCUGUACAAGUGUGGCUAUGAUCUGAGGGAUACUAGAGUUGUGGCUUCUACAUACUGAAUUAAUGUUUUUGUUUUAAUGUGUUUUAAUGUUGUUUUUGCACUGCUAACCACACUUGCAGGUGCACAAACAGUAUUGAUGACUCGGGGGCUCCAAAGAACAAGCUACCAACAUUCUUCUGAAAGAUGAUGAUAAACAGGCUGCUUUUAUCAUUCUUCCCUGGAUACUUAAAAAUAAAUUUACUUUUAGAUGCAGGUUGGAAAUGAUAGUUCCCAUCAGAGAAGUCAUUGGCAAAAGCAUUUUGGUUGUUCUACCUCUAAUUCAAUUUCUAGUUCAUUUUAAUUAUUCUAAUUCCUAUCAGGAAGCCCUGAGGUUUGAACCUCAUUGUUCUUUUUAAUAUUACAGAGAUGCAGUGAUUAUGAUAGGAAAAAAUAGGGGCCCUUAUGAGAACCUAAAUAGCAAAGGCAUUUGUCGAAGAAAAAGCAUUUGAUUCAUGGGUUGAUAUUCAUGCAUAAAAUAUGGCUCUGAAACACAAAUGUCUAAAACCCAACUAUGAAUAAUUUUGUAAAUUAUAAUGGUUUAAAUAAAACAUUAAAAACAAUAUGCAUUUUCUUCAGUAGUUCCAGAUAGAUUUUAACAAGCAACAGU